CAUUGAGAGCGCGCUUCAAUGCUCAGGCUUUUCUCUCGCGAGGAAGGACGCCAUUAUCGGACUCUUCACAAACAACACGAGAAUUCAUCACUCACACGGUUUAAAGGAUGUCAGAGCAAGAUUUGGUGGAGAUUGUCCAGAUUGCGGUGGCAGAUUUGAAUAAUGAGGGUCACCAAACUGAUGACCUGGACAAUAAUGAAGGGCCUGAACAACCUGAACAACCAGUGAGGAAGCGUGCAAGAAUGGAGCGUAAUCAAGAGUCUCUUAAAUCAAUGCUGAUAUCAAUAAGCCAGACUAUAUGCCAGCGCCUUGACAACAUGGAGGCUAAGCUGCAGGGCUUAGAGUCCACCUGUCGAAAUUUGGUGGAGAAGGUAGACAUAGUGGCAAGGUGCAACCAGGGAGCCAUACAGGUACCAAUGGUGGCCGGGUCCCCAUUUGGAGCCACUCAGACUAGUGACAAAGUGCGCUGCGUUGUUCCCCAGACAAACGUCAUAGUGAGCAGCGAGAAGUCGAAGACUUUGAAAGAGGAGAUUGCGGCACGCUCCUCAGACUCUUUGGAGAACCUGCUGAGCAAUACCGUUGGGCGAGGAAAACAGAAGACCAUCGUGCUGAAGGUGCCGGUCCAUGAAGAGAUUCAUGACGAUCAGGAAAGUGGCUCUGAAACGAGUGAUUCGGUGUCCAACAGUGGCCAACAGUCAUCUCAGGGCACCAACAAUGUGACGCUCAUAACGCUUAACUCGGAGGAGGACUUUCCAAACGGAACGUGGCUGGGUGACGAGAACAACCCAGAGAUGCGCGUGCGCUGCCCGGUGUCUCACACCGACAUGCUGCACAUCACCACCAACUGCCGCACGGCGGAGAAGAUGGCGCUGACGCUGCUGGACUACCUGUUUCACCGUGAGGUGCAAGCGGUCUCCAACCUCUCCGGUCAGGGCAAGCACGGCAAGAAGCAACUGGACCCUCUCAUGAUCUACGGCAUUCGAUGUCAACUGUUUCACAAGUUCAGCAUUACGGAGUCCGACUGGUACCGCAUCAAGCAGAGCAUCGACUCCAAGUGUCGCACAGCCUGGCGCCGAAAGCAGCGAGGACAGAGUCUGGCGGUUAAGAGUUUCUCGAGACGAAACACAGGAUCGCAAAGCAGUUCAGCAGAUGGAGUCUCUGCUGCGGAGACGUCAGCUAUCGAGACCUCAACUCAGCAGGCCUUGCAUUACGCUUUGGCCGGUACGGCACAACAAGUACAGAUCCACCGUAUAGGAGAAGACGGACAAGUGCAAGUUAUUCCACAGGGACACCUCCACAUCGCUCAGGUGCCACAGGGGGAACAGGUGCAGAUUACCCAGGACAGCGAGGGCAACCUACAGAUCCACCAAGUGCAUGUUGGUCAAGACGGACAGGUAAACGUUCUGAGAGGACCACAGCUGAUAGCGGUGGCGUCGGCCGACGGGAGCGGCGCGGUCGAAGCAUCUCCUCUCCAGGCUAAUGAUAUUCAAGUCCAAUACGUCCAGCUUGGAGCAGUGACUGACCAUGCUGGUGCAGUACAAACGGAAGCUUUGACUCCAGCGCUGCAGUCGGAGAUGGAGGUGAAGGAAGCCAUGCAGCUCCAGCAAGCCGAGAACGGAGAGGUGGUCCAACUCCAGAUGCCCGUCAACACCGUCAACACAUGAGACGUUCACACGCAGACCUUCUCACGCUUAAUAAACAUAAAUAUUCAGCAGGAGAAGGGGGGGAACGAACACCAGAACUCUCAAACAAAAUCCAGUCUCCAGUCAAUACUUAUUAGCUAAAUCCAAGUAAAGCAAAACCAGUUUAACGCGCAACUCAAAAUUACUGUCAGUCCCCCACCCAUAACAGUCAUAGCAUCCAAUUCGCUUAGUAACUUAUAAGCAAUGUUGGAUUCAUUGUUGGCUCAUCGGUUUUAUCUAGCGUUGAUCAAAGCAAAGUCUUUUCUUCAUAAGCAAAGAACGGAGAUUUGAUAACACUGUCGAACUUUGAAGUGUUUACAUAAUCCGACUUUUUUUGUGUCAAUUCUUUUUUUAUUAUCUGAUAUUAAAGGAAAACACCACCGUUUUUCAAUAUUUGACUAUGUUCUUACUUCAACUUAGAUGAAUUAACACAUAUCUAUCUUUUUUCAAUGCGUGCACUUUUAAUCUUUGUACAGCGCUUCUUGAAUGUGUUAGCAUUUAGCCCCAUUCAUUCCUAUGGCUCCAAAAUAAAGUUUUAUACUUACUUGUGUAACUACUUAUGUAUCAGUCUUUAAAUAGGGAAAACAUGGAAGUGUUUGGUGGCUUCUAAAUUCAUCCCUGUUUGGAUCCUAAGGAAUGAAUGGGGCUAGGCUAAAUGCUAACAUGUUCACGACGCGCUGUACGAAGAUUAAGUGCACGGAUUGAAAAAAUAUAGGUAUGUAUUAAUUCAUCUAAGUUGAGGUAAAUACAUAGUAAAUAUUAAAAAACGGUGGUGUUUUCCUUUAAAAGCCUUAGAUAGAUAAUCUUUCGGUUUCAUUGUCCUUUCGUGAUGUUUAUUUUAAUUUUUUGCCGUGUGUGUAUGGGUAGUGACGAUAUUUAAGGGCCGCCUUUUUCUCCCUUUAUCAAUAUCGAUUUGUUUUCCUAUUAGUUAACCUUUAUUGUACAAAAAACCCCUACUGAAAGUGUUGUGAUGCAUUUUUAGGGCAGUUUACUAAAACACAGCAAAAACGACGAUAAUAAUCCUGUGUUUAUGUAGUAUAUGAAAUAUGUACUUUUUCAUAAAUAUAUAUUUGUGUAUGAAGGAUUUGUUCAAAAAAUAUAAAAUGAUUUGUUGUUUUCA